AUGGACAAGGAAAUUGGAUCACUUUGUUUACGUUCAUCUGAUUUGUUACUUCAAGGAGCUGGGAAGCUUGAGGAGGCAAAAGUACCUCCAGGGGAAAGACUGUCUCACUUGUGUGCUGUGUUAGACUGGAGAAAGCUCUCAUUACUUUUUCAAGUAGAAGCAAAUGUACAUUCUUCACUAAAAUCCUUGGUAGAUAGAACUCUGAAAUGUGGGACAAAAUAUCAAGUCGAUUGUGGGCCAAAGAAUGUUGAUUUUAAAACCUUAGCAAGCUUCUUUGAAACCAUUUUUAGUGCACUCAUGAACAAGCAAGAACAACUGAUUGCAAAUGGACGAGAAUUUACAGUUCUCUUGGCUGAACUUGGAUUUCAUUGUGGCAGAAUUUGUAAUAAGGCUGGAAACUCACCAGAAGCUUUGGCUGUGUUUGAUAAACUGUUGAAAACUGUAGGAAAUGAAAACCAUUGCAAAAAUGGACAUUUUAAACUACAAAUACCUCCACAGGUUUGUUGCUGUGUGUCUUUAGUCUACAAGGCACCUAUUUUGUUGAACUCUACUAUUAAAUCUCAAACUCAAGAAUCUCUUCAGCAGAUGUUAUUCGAAAGUAACUGGCUAAUCUCCCAGAUCCAGAAGUGUAGCACAUUACCUUCACCAAUGUUAAAAUUACUUUCAGACUCCCUGGAGUACUUCAGAAUUAAUUUGCAAAAUGAAAGUAGCAAAAAGAGUAAGGAAAAAUCACCCACUCUUUCAUUGAAGACUCUCCAAGGAACAGUACAAGUUCUGCAGUCUUACAUCUCAGUCUUAUCUUUGCAGUGUGAGCGGCUUAAAAGAGAGCUCCUUAAAUCCAAACAUGACGAUAUCGUGGCACAGCUAAAACAACAGGUUCUAAAGACCACAGAACGGCAAAUGACAGUAUUUAAUUUUGUUAUUUCUUCAUAUCAAGAUCAGUUGAAGAAUGAAAAAGAUGCAAAAAGUUCCAUCAGGGAUUCAAGGUCAGUAGUACAGGUAUCGCAAAACUUUAAAACAGUUACCUACAGUGUACAGACUGUAGUUUAAGCAAGAUCAGUUGAAGAAUGAAAAAGAUGCAAAAAGUUCCAUCAGGGAUUCAAGGUCAGUAGUACAGGUAGCACAAAACUUUAAAACAGUUACCUACAGUGUACAGACUGUAGUUUAAGGAAAGGAUUAUGUUGUGCUUUUAUUUCUCUUUGUUUUGGGGCAUAUUAAUAGAUGAAAAUGAGUGAAAAACAAAGGGAAACAGUGUGCAAAGAAAGUAGUAUCUGAUAGCCCGCGGCUAGUGGAUUUUGGCAUUGAGCUAGUGAAUUCUGUUCUUAACUUGCCCGAUGGGCAAGUGAAGUAUGUUGAGGAAUUCAACUUACAGAAGAACUGUGAAAUCAAUUCUGCUCAUCAAAAAAAUUGAGGGGCUAGUUGAAAUGACGUUUGGGCUAAUAAAUGCUAGCUUCAGCUUGCCCAAAUGACAAGCUGUAAAAAUGACUUUCUUAAUCUUUGCACCCUGGGAAAUAAAAUUUAAACCAAGGAUAAAUUUGAACCAUAACAUUAUACAUGUAACACUGCUCAAACUUUUAUUGCAUAUCCAGUAUCCUCAACUCUUGCCAAUCAGCCUAACGAUUCUUGAAACAAAAUUACAAACAUCUCUAGAAUUUGUCUUUUUUGUGCUGCUCACAAAUGGGGAUAUACACUGUAGGCAAUAUCUCUCACAAGAUAGCAUUUUGGGGAAGAUGUACUGUAAGCAGUCUGGGUCUGGGAAGGUCCAAAGAGACUGAGAGAAAUCUGGUAAGAAUAUCUAUAAAGAAUAGGGGAAUGAAUGAAUGUACAGCUGUUGGUGGACCGUUACAAAGACCUACAGAGUCAAACAUUUCAUGGUAUCAAUCUUGAGAGAGUUUACUGUACUGUUAAUGCUAACACAUUCUUUAUUUACACUAUGCAGAUGUCAGAUCUUUGAGGAUUGUAUUCCAGUAGUGGAACAAGCAAACUCCGUAAUUCAUUCUGCCCUUGAUGAUCCAGACAUCCCAUUGUCUCCAAACGAGCUCCGCUGGCUCGGCUGCAAUGUGUACAAUUUGGGUUGUGUGUCAUAUCAGAGAGAUUGCUUUACUGAAGGAGUUCCUCUGUUGGCUAUUGCUUGUGAAGAGCUGAGAGUAUGGUGCUUUGCUGGGAAGAAUGAUGAGGAAAUUCUUACAAGGAUUGUGGAGGUAAUAUGGCCUAAUAACCCUUGUAAUUUUUCUAACAUACUGUGCGGCAUGAAAUGUUUGCGGGAGUUUGCGACUUUUGUGUUUUGCGGGAACAAACAAUGCUACAGUUUGUGUACCCUACACUGUAUGUAAAACCAGUAUAACAGGUUACUUUUCUUUGUCAUUCGAUUACAGUAACAUCUGGGAUGAUUGAUUGUUCUGAUGAUCAAUUGGAAGAAUUUAAGUUGAAAAAUAUUUGCUGUGGAGAAAUUUCUUGCAGGAAAAAUGUGUGCUGGAAAAAUCGCAAAAAUUAGAACCCGCAAAAAUUUUGUGCCACAAGGUAAAUAAUGUACCAUUUUGAUAAGCGCCAAUAGUGAUUAUUACCAAAUUUAUCCUUAUAAUACUAGUGCUCAUCAAUCAUUGUUUUAAUAUUGGGUAUUAAACAGGGGUUUCAAUAAACACCAACAACUGACGAAACGCAUCGGCUACUUUUCUCAGAGCGGUCCGCUACCUUUUCCUCCGAAAAAGAAGCAAUUAGUUUUAAAAAAUUUUUAAAACUAAUUGCUUCUUUUUUUUUUAAUGUCAUAAACAAAAAAAUAUAUCAUUAAAUCUGAAUUAAAACGUAAGUUAAUUACAUGAUGUGCUUUCAAGGUCCACUGUUAUGUUAUUCUUUCAUUACAUCAGAAGCGCUUCCGGUUACACAAAAGCUGUAUUUCAGUCAAAUUUUUCCAAGUUUCUUUGUAGGUUUAUGCAGAAUUUGUUUAUGUGCAAAUGUACUUAAUUUUGAAUAAUGACAUUUGUUCACUGUUUGUACCACAAAGUGUCUCCAUGGCAACUGGUAACCUAUGUGCAACCGCUGGCACCCCAGAAGAAAUCGCAGACAUUUUUAAUAACUGUUUCACUUCAGUGUUCUCUGUUCCUCAAUAGGACAAAGUAGAUAACGGCGCAGGGAAAUUCCCUGCCGCACGCAGAACCCCCUUUAGCGAUAUUGUGUUGCACAUUGGCGAAGUUGAGGCUGUCCUUAAAUCACUAGAUCCAAACAAAGCCACUGGUCCAGAUGAGAUCCCAGCUAGAAUCCUAAAGGAAACCGCCGCUACUAUUGCUCCAUCACUAUGCAAGCUGUUCAACAGGUCUCUGGGGGAAGGCUACAUACCGUCUGAGUGGAAAUUGGCCAAUGUAGUGCUUGUCGAUAAGAAGGAUGAAAUAGAUCAUGUUGAAAACUAUAGGCCUAUCUCCCUACUUUGCAUUAUUCCUAAAGUCCUUGAACUUUGUGUCUUGAAACGCAUCAAUGACCGAUUAGAAGAUCUGAUUGCAGACUGUCAGCACGGGUUUCAGAGUGGACAUUCAUGUGUCACAAAUCUACUGGAGACCCUAGAUUACAUCGGUGCUAUUCUUGAUAGAGCUGGUCAAGUAGAUUGUGUGUAUUUAGACAUGUCCAAAGCCUUUCAUAAGGUUAGACAUGACCUCGUUAUGGAAAAACUGCGGGAUGCUGGCUUCAGAGGGAACCUGCUCACAUGGUUUCACGCGUAUCUCUGUGGCAGGUGCUAACGUGUCACCGUACUAGGCACGACAUCACGUGACCUGCCUGUCACCUCUGGAGUCCCACAGGGUUCAAUGCUCGGACCUGCUCUCUUCUUUUUAUGUUUGAACAACCUUCCAGAUUCUAUCCUCAAUAGUAAAGUGGCAAUGUUCGCAGAUGAUGCUAAAGUAUACAAGGUAGUGAUGUCUGAGGAUAAUGGCGCCGCUCUCCAACAAGAUCUGGAUAAUCUGUCUUCAUGGUCCGCUGCCUCUGGCCUAGCCUUCAAUGAUAAGAAAUGCAAGCUUCAGACCAUCACGAGAAAGCGCAAGCCCAUCUGUACGAGCUACGAGGUUAACGGCAGUACCAUCAAGUCCUGUGAGGUAGAGCGUGAUCUUAGCAUCUCCUUGGACUGUGACUUGACUUGGCACGCCCAAGUCUCUCACCAAGCUGCACGCCCAAACAAGUUGUUAGGUUUGUUAGGAGGAACUCUAGGUUUAUUCACAGUACUUCCGUAAGGUGCACUUUAUACCUCGGGCUAGUUCGUGCUCAUCUUGGCUAUGCAACCCAGGUCUGGGCGUUCCAAAGCAUUGAACUAAUUUCUAAACUUGAAAGUAUCCAAAGGCGUGCCACCAAAUUCAUUCUUUGCUUGCCUUUUUUAACAAAUAAUUAUCUCUUACAAAGAAAGACUAAUGUCUGUAAACCUACUUCCUGUGUGCUACUGGCACGAGUUACUAGAUCUAGUAUACUUUUACAAGGCUACGCAUAAUAUGAUUCACUUAGAUCCAUCUGUUGUUCCCUUCAUGCGUGAAUGCACAUGAAGGACCCGUAUAUCGGUAACUCUCAAUCUUUUGCGCCUAAAAAAAUGCAGGACUUCUACCUUUCAGAAAUAUUUUUUCAUUAGAACCACUAGAAUCUGGAACCUGCUUAUUACUAGACUAGAACUAGAUAAUGUUACUUUCAACAUACAAGAGAACUUUAAAUCUGUUCUUUACAGUUAUUACUCGCAGGCUCUAGCAAUAAACUAUGACCCGGACUCUCUAAUGACCUUCAAAAGUAUUAAUUUUGCUUGAAAUGUAACACAGCCAGGUUUUUAGACCAAGAAAUUAGCUGCUGCAUGUGAUUUAAAUUGCUACUUUUAUAUCUUUUUUGGGUCCGCAGUAAUUGGCUUUUGCUGUUGCGGUGUCCCUAUAAGUUAUUGUUGGUGUAUUGUUAUGUUCUUGUUACUAGUGUUUGCAUAUCUUCCGGGUUUUUUUUUUUUUUUUAUUCUUCAGGGCAAAGCUAAUAAAAUAUAAUAAAAUAAUAUAAAUAGAAUGGAUUGUGUGGCUGUGAAACCUGAAUGAAAACUAUAUUUUUUUGAUUGAAAAGCACUCUCUUGUGUUCUCAAAUUAGUCCCCGGAACACUGGAAAUCGCAUUUUAGGGCUUUGAAAUUCCAGCCCGCAGACCCCUCUUGAAGAAAGGGACUAACGAACCCUUGUUGAUACAGUCGGUUACUCUAUUCAAACAUGCUGGCUACUUAAAUUAUUAUUGAAACCCCUGAUUAAAUACUUGUGAUUCAUUUUUUUUGCACUGUGCAUAAAAUGCCACAUCAGUGAUUUUCUUUUUUCCUGAGAAAUGGAAGCAAACACUUGUGAUGUUGACCCACCAGAUGGGUCUUACAGUAAUCUGUCCUGUCAUGCCAUCAUUAAUAAUAUAACUGAUUUCUUUUAGGUGAAGCUCCUAACAAAAUUUGCACUGUUGACUGACUGUCAGCGACGAGCCAAACAGAUGGCUGGUGCACUGACAACAGCUACCACUCAGGUUCUUAUAACACUUCAUACUGGUUCUGAUGCAAAUGUCUUAAGGCAGCAGAUCAAACAAUGGACCACAGUGAAACAUGAACUGGUGAAAAGUAUGCAAGAUGAAAAGAAACAAGCUGAAAGAUCAAGGUUUGUCAUGAAUUUUCAUUAGAAAAUUAAUUUUCAUAUAAAAAACUACACACUCACCACUGGCUGAGAAUACAUGAAGAUGUCAUAUUUUUAUUACAACUGCAUGAAUCCUUCAGUGAGGUGCUCUUUUCUAAAACGUUUGAGAUUCUUUUAGUCCAAUACAUUAUGUCAUGUCUUACCUGUCUUUCUAUUUUUCUUUGUUUACUGUAGAACCCUGUGCAGUGUUUUAGCAGAACAGAAAGAUACUGAAGAUAUUGACAGCAGUCAGCUUUGUUUAGUUCUUCAGGAAGAGCUUGCUUCUUACAAGGCAAAGAAGUAAGUUCCCAAAAAGACAGACAUCACAAGGUUUCUGGACCUGUUGCAGAAACAGGGAAAGAGUUCCUUUUUAAUUGUCCAUUUAGCUCUUUCAUUAGCAUACAAUCGUGUAUGAACCAGAUCCUGGAAAGAAAUAUUACAGUCAAACCGGGAAAACUGUGAACACGAGAAAUAUUUCUGGAAUGCUAUUGUCUUGCAAGAGAAAAGCCAAUCAGGCGUGAGUAAACUAAACAGCAAGCAAGAACAUUAGUUAGUUUGCGGUUUUGUGGUCAGUUCGCGUGUCCUGAACUUUGCUGUGAUUAGUCAUAACACAAUAGACAUUCUUGAGAUAAUUCUUCACGGUUUUCCCAGUCGCACUGCAAGGUCAUGUGAAAGUACAGUGUACAUGUGCAUGUAUUGCUGUCAGAACUGUCACUAAGAAACAUGUCCACUGAUUUCCGCUGGCGACUGUGAGCGUGAGCCCCUGCUACUCUCGUAGGAAACAAAAGUAAAAUACAUUAUGUAGAACCAAAAGAACUUCCUAGCUGUACAAUUCCCCUCCUACUAAUUACAUAACUGUAGAUAUACCCAACAAUGUGAAAUUUUAGCUACAGCCCUGUGCUGGUGAUGAGGUUUCAUAAAAAAUGUCUCUUUUUAUUUUAUACACUGUACUCAGUCUCACAAAAAUGUUUUGUCCUUAUUUUUAUACAUGUGUAUUCAAUUGUCAUUUUGGGGGGUUCAUUUGAACCCAGGAGUCACUUCAUAAGUAGCUAAAAUAUGAUUUUCUGGGUGAGUGUUGUCCUGAAUAUAAUAGGACUGUUGUUGACUCUAACGAAGAUAAUCCUGGGUUAUACUUUAUCCCAAUUCUGUUUUGAACAACUCUGCCCAGUAUUGUACACUAUUCAGUGGUCUAUAUUUUCUCUUAUUUAUAGUUACAACACCACCAUGGAGCAAAUGUCGGUCAUCAAACAGCUUAUGGAGUUGUACAUUAUCCAAGAUGAUGAGUUUCAUUAUGGUUCAGUGAUGCUUGAGUUUGGUGUGGCACUGCAUGACGUUGGAGACAAAGAUCUUGAGAAGGAGAAGUGA